AUGCCUUUCACUAAGUUAUCGGGCGUGGAGGAACUUCAAACCCUUUUAGACUCUUUCGACACUUGGAUGUUCGAUUGUGAUGGUGUAAUCUGGCAUGGGGACCAUCUAAUUCCCGGCGUUCGACAAGUGCUGGCACUUCUGCGAUCGCAUAAUAAACAUAUGAUCUUCGUUACCAAUAACGCUACAAAGUCUAGAAAGUCAUACAAGAACAAGUUCGACAAGCUUGACGUGCAAGCCGAAGUUGAUGAAAUCUUCGGAUCUGCGUAUGCUUCUGCCGUCUACCUCUCUUCCGUGGUCAAAUUGCCGAAGGAGAAGAAGGUCUAUGUCAUCGGCGAAUCCGGCCUCGAAGAGGAGCUCAACAACGAAGGAGUGGCUCACAUAGGAGGCACAAGCAAAGAAGACAACACCUUCGAACCAUUCGACCUCCACAGUUUCAAACCCGAUCCAACCGUCGGUGCAGUCCUCUGCGGCCUUGACACCAAAAUAAACUAUACCAAAUUGGCUAAAGCGCAACAAUACCUCACACUCAACCCAGGGUGUCUUUUCCUCGCUACGAACGAGGACCCAACGUUCCCCGUGAAUGGGGGCUAUCUUCCAGGGGCCGGUUCCAUUAGCGCCCCGCUUCGUUACAUGCUUAAGCGAGAUCCGACGGCUAUCGGUAAGCCGAAUAGCACCAUGUUGGAUUGUGUAAAGGCAAAACAUGACUUUGAUCCUCAGCGAACCAUCAUGGUAGGCGACCGCCUUGACACUGACAUCCUUUUCGGAAUACGUGGAGGCGUCAGCACUCUGUUAGUCUUGACUGGCGUCACCACAGAGAGUGAUAUCACUGGGCCGGGGGCCUCUCCGAUCACCCCAGACUUCGUAACACAAUCUCUCGGAGACCUCGUGGCUCUCAUAGGCGAGGAGAACCGCAUCUAGAGAGAGACCUUCUUAGAAUCAUUAGAACAACACAUUACUUUCGAAUAAUUUCUAGAUCUCUAAUGUAACGAAGCACCAGAAAGUCAAAGAUGAAGGUGCGAGGUCCUUAGAAUACAACAGUUGUGUGCGAUUGAU